GUCGCCUUUAACUUUCUUGAUCAGAAUUUACUUAGUGUGCCCCGCCAGGAUCCUUUAUUUCAUGUUCCAACAUGGAAUGGUACCCCUGGCCCAGCAUGGAGAAUAUGAUCUGGUUUUUCAAAGCUGAAAAUAAGAGUGUAGAAGUCCCUUCAGCUGCAAAUAGACCAGCAAGGAAAAUCGAUAUACCUGCGCAUAUUGAAUUUGGCAGCCAUUUGAUCAGGGAAAAAGAGAAAUGGCGAUCUGAUCGUUCUCAUUAGUAAACACAAAUGUCCUGCAGCUCCCUCCCGUGGUCACAGUCUUUCAGCGAGAACUUAUGGUAAUGGUCGUGGUGGCUCAUACAUUGCACUACGUUAUCUAUUCUCGCUAAACGGUAAUGGAGACAUAUCAUCCAGAUCACGAGCCCGUAGCAUAGAAGUCAGUGUGGUUUGCGCAGCCGCUUUUAUUGGUCCUCCAUUUUCGCGCGCUUUAUUCACCAGUUUUUCAGUAUUCGUAUCAAAGAAUACCUCUUCUAGUUCUAUGCUACGCUCCUGACAAGAGGAGCUGAUCCCAGGAAGAACAGCAUGGCCGCCCACAACAUGGUAUCCUCCGUAGUACCCGCCACGCAGAAUGCCGUGGAGUUCGGUUAUUUGUAUCGUGACCCGCCGGAAGACAUUCGGCAACUCACGCGGUACUAUUUUCCGAGCAAAAUCGGCGGCAAGCCGGCCUGGUUGGUGCCGGAAAACUACCCAACGGACCUGACGUGCGCACGGUGCGUAUCAAAAGGAAAAAUCCCGCCUCCCCAUAUCAAGACGAAAUUUCUGAUGCUGGAUUUGAGUACACAAAUCAGCUUUGUAUUGCAGGAAAGCAUUGCAGUCAGGUCCCCAGGCUAGGUAGGGGCGUACGCGUCUAGUUGUUCAGCAUGGCAAGCGGCUCCGCUUUAGGCCCAACAGCAUGACAAGUCGCUUCCAUAAUGGGGCGGAAGCUUCUGCCCUUGCCUUCUUGCAAAACAAAUGUGAUUUGUGGCCUCAAAUCAGCAACGCAAAUUUUCGGAAACAUGCCUUUUCAAUAUGGGGAGGGGGGAUUUUUCCUCUCAAUAGUGCGGGUCACGGAUGCGGUUUCUGCUGCAGAUCUACGCCAGCCGGGAGGACGCCAGCCCGGCAGCCUUUCACAGGAUGCUUUACGUGUUCACCUGCCGCGUUUGCCCCGACCAGUUCCGCUGCUUCCGGGCGCAACUACCAAGGCUGAACCCGUAUUAUCUCCCCGAUAACCCGAACAACUUCCCCUCGGUCUCCCACGUAAUGGACCUCUACCGACACGGCAGCUGGAGCAAGGGCACGAAGGAACCUAAUGGUAACGAACGUUUCUCUUUUAGUUUUUUACUUCUAAACAUAAACUUUCCAACCUGUUUCGUAUUUCUUGAUGAAAAGGGAUGCGAUGAGUUCGCAUUCCUACCUUCGAUGGGUAGAAGGUUUCGGUACACAACAUGCUGCAAGAGACGAACAAUCUAGGUAGAAAUCAAAUAACGUGUAGUUCGAGAUUGAGACGUAACUUUAACUUAUUUGUUUUGCAGAUCUGGCCAUGCUUUCGGAGUACGAAAUAGAUGCGGAAGCCGAUUCGAGCACCGAGGAGGAGGGCACGUCAAGCGACGACGAGGUGGAUCUCGCCGCGGUCUUGCAAGACCGUCGGGACAAGGAACUGUUUCGGGAGUACCAGGAGGCGAAUGGCAACGUGCAGGUCUUCCCCACGACGGCGGAGCAAGAAUGUGCAACAGACAGUACUGCGACGGUGACGACGACUACAGUUGAUCAUUCCUCAUUCCAAAAAAAUGGGAAUGGCGAAAGCACCAACAGUAGCAGCACCACCACAACAGCGACGCCGUCCUCGUCUGCGCAAAAGACAAAGAUCAAGAGUAGUAUUGGUGCGAAGGAUCUGUCUACGACGACGCCCGACAGCGCAAAAGGGGAACAGUCGCCUCAGCUGGAUGCGUCGGAAAUGGCAUAUUUUGAAGAAUGGAAAAAGACGCACGGCCGCGACGACGAUCCGGCUUUUCGAAUGUUCAAAAAGGAGUGUCUGCGGCGGCCGCGAUGCAUUUUGCGCGUAGUGAUACCCAGGGAAGAGGAGGACGACGAAGAGAUCGAGGUCGAAGAUGAAAACAGCGGCUCCGAAAUUGGCUGUGACGACAGCUACAGCUGCCGGGCCAACAACAACUCCCCCGCCUCAGCGGUCCUGCAGCCGUCACCCCUGCCGAAACGACGCCUGUCCGCCCCUCCACGAAACGACGACAGUGAAAACACGGACGCCAUCAGUGCUCUGAUGCGCAAAAACUUUCUUCCGGCCACCCGCACACCGCCGCCGGCGGGCAGCAGCAACAAGCCCACAAUCUCCGCAACGAAAAGCCAGGAAGCGGAGCGCAAGGAACAGCUAGUGCAGAACUUCGAGGUGCAACGCAUUCAGGGCUGCUACAUCCAGGACCGCCCAUCCACACCCCAAGUGCCCAAAACCGCUCUCGGAGUCGACGGGAAGAGCCCCAAUGAGCGCCUGAAGGAGGCGCACGCGCAGAGGACCAAUAGCACCCCGUCCUCUUCUACGCUGGUGACCAAGGCUCGCUCCAUGUCCGAUGAUGGCGCCUUGAGCCGAAAUGUUAAUUUUUUGACGACCGUGCCAGAGAAUAUCAAUCUCCAGCAACCGCCCACGGUUUCAGGAGCUGCAAGCAAUUUUCUUUCAAACGUGCGAGCACAACAGGAUCAUGGUGCAACGCGAACUCGCAGUCCGCAAACGACCACAUCCUCGAACGCUUCUUCCCCCUCCCGCAGUCGGCGACCCGCCCACAGAGUUCCGCUCCAUCCAACGCGACAGCAAGUUCUUGAGAACGCGUUGCGCGAGAACGCACAGAUUCCCCCCGAGGAACUCAUCACGGAGAAACUGGUGGACGAAAACCUGUCAAUGACCACGACGCCCGCGCGUCGAGGGCCAGACGGUGAAGAUGUUCCUGAUGGAGAUGAUAGUAGUACUAUCGUUGCUCCAAACAGCGGCUGCAGUGCAGGGGACAGAAUGGCGGCCUUGUCUUCUAUCACAACGCCAGAGGAUCUCAUCCUCUGGUACCACGAGAAAGACAAGGAAAACACACGGCCGGAUCGCAUCCCCCCCUGUCGACGCUGCGGCGCGCCGCGGGCAUUCGAGUUCCAGCUGCUGCCCUCCAUGAUUGCGAUCGCGAAUACGCAUCAUGACUUCGGCACGGUUCUGUUCUAUACCUGCACCGCCAACUGCAGCGCUACCAUCGAUGGCGUGUCUUACAGCGAAGAGUACGGUUACGUGCAAAGCGAGCCGCCGGAGCUGUUGGCGCAAGGUGGAGGCGAACUGGGUCCGCGUGCACAUACCAAGGGAUGAAGAGUGUGAGAGACUUUUGCGAUGCUUGGCUUACUUUGUUGAGAUUUAUACAUGCAACUUUCCCGCCAUGCUGGAAGCGCAUCCGCAUUCGCAAACGCAAUUACGACGCCGGAAUAACACCUUUGUUUUCUUGUCAACGACGAGCACGACACUCAGUAAUACGUGCAAGCGCAUGCACUUUUUAUUUCGCAAAAAA